GGAAAAGUGGCUAGGAAAAGACAUAGGACGUAAUUUUUUUGACUAUUCGGACGCAGCCCGGCACUUACGAAGAGGGCUGCUGCGUACGUCAUAACUGUGCGACAUUACACACAGGUUCAGCCAUUGUGAAGCAAACGUCGAACGUAACUUAUUUCUCGUUUAAAAAACACGAAAUGGUUUUAAUUAUAUCCCGGCCAUUUUGGAGUUUAAAACCAGAGCUCUCUUGUUGCUGGACGUUGUUAUGAAAAAAACUGACAAUCUGGGUACUGGCGAACACCGUUCACAGGCUUCUCCUGUGGAAAGCAGUACAAGUACAAAUCCAGGUAUGAUGGACACCUGAGGAAAAGGUGUGGCAAUGCUGUGGGAGUCUUGAGCAGCAGACCGGUUCCCACGUCUUUUCAUCUAAGCAAGAAAGUGAAGAGUAAGGCGAAGGAUCCCUCUUUGGAAGAAGGCCACGAUGGCAAAGAUCGAUAUCUUCCCCCCAGCCUUGAUUUCCAUUUGGACUUGAGCCCGGAGUUGAUCAGGCAGUGUACCGCUGUGGUGUCCCCUUCUGCGGUCAGACCUUCAUAAAGGAGGUGGCACUUCAUGACCACCAGGGGGAGCACUUGGGCUGUGGACCUGAAGAUGGAGGAAAGGUGCAGAGGUGGAGGGUGGAGAGUGUGCUUGGAGACCAGGUGGUGUGUAGAACUUUUGACAGCAAAACUUCUGCCGAGCGUCAUGAGCCCCACAGCGAUUAUUUGUCAAUGAUCCAGAUAAGCAAUGUGAUGUCGCUGGUCACGUCUCAAGAUGAAGUCCUGCCAGAGGAAGCGGCUACAUCCGCAGGGAAAGGGAGGGAACCAGAGGGUGGAAGCCCCUCUACAGGGUCGCAGGGGAAAGAUUUGGCUCCCUGUAAUGAGGCACGGAGAACCAGCAAAUUGAUUUGGAGGAACAUUGAUAAACUCACAGACAAGCAAAGUUGGCGCUCUUGGGUCCAGCGAUGCCUACGAAACCACGUGCGUACGAGACAGAAAUGGCCAAACACAGGGAGAAGAAGGGCCCUGUUGUGUGGGAAGCACUUUGAUCAGAACAUGACAGUGGAUCAGCACGUGGCAUUGGCUGACUCUGCUAGGUUCCUGUACCGAUGUGGCAGCUGCAGCAUGAGCUUCAAGGCCUGGACCUGCCUUUGCAGACACAUACUCCAUGCCCACAGUGUGAAAAUUCAAAGAAGCUCAAGGACAAGUCCAGUUGCAAAGGCCAAUAAAUCUAUACUCAAAGCCAAGGAUAAGGACAUUGCAAAAGCGUUCAUCAACAAUGUAAAAGAUGCCUCCACUGACGACCAAUCCCAAGGGCGACUCAUAAAUGAACCCAGAACAAAUUCAGAAAUGAGAAAAAUUACAAUUGAUGGAUCACCUCACCUGUGUUUAUUUGCUAUGAAGGAUAUACAAAAGGGUGAGGAGAUCGUGUUUGACCACAAUGGAGUUGAUCUUCCACGGUGCACCUCAACACAGAGGGAGAAGACACAUACUUUGCAAGACGUUCCAGAAAUUACAAGGAAUCAGAAAGACAACAAGGAAGAACAUCUGUCUUAUUUCCUUGCCCAGAAAAAAGAGGAUCUGGCAGCAGAGAGGAGAGCAACAGCAACAAAGAUUUCUGCCAUCGAAGAAGGUCACAAGGCUGAAAUUGAAUCGCUACAGGCUGACUUACAGAAGCAGCUCAUUGAGCUCAGGGCGGAAAACCAGAAACUAGUGGAGGAGCUGGCAGCUGCACGGAUUCCGCCAGCACUGGCAACUCUUCCGUGCCACAACACUUUGCCCGUGAAAACAACACCAUCAACUCCGUCAAAAUGCAGCCCGUCCAGUUGGGUCAAGAGACAACACCCUGACAUGGUCAUCCCUGAGCUGGCACCACAGCGAGAGCGGAAGAUCAGCCAGCUGUCCGACGGACGCCCAGAUCGCUACGGCUGUUACCUUUUCCAGGCUGCAGUCGGCACAAAGAAGUACCACUCUUGGUGUUGCAACACCAAUUGGAGCGGCACAGCCGGAAAGUGGGAACUGCCAAGAAACCUUCAAGAAUACCUACUGAACACCUUGGCGGAGAAGUUUCCUGGGUUUGGUGACCGCGAAACGAGGAUGUUCAUUGAGCGGAUUAAUGAACUUCUGAGGAAGCCCAGACAGAUCCUUUACAUUUGAGGACAUUUAAAGACCCAGCCAACAAUAAUUUAUAAAUGGCCAUGCUCUUUUUUUGCUAUACUUUCUAAAUGGUUGUAGCCUACUGUUUUGUAAUGGCUAUGUCUGUAUAUAACAAAAAGAAAUAAAAUAUAUAUAUAUUUUCUAUUCAUCUUUUUGCAAUCCCAAGCUUAAUUAAAUAAUGAAUAACUAAAUAAAAUUAUUUGUUUUAUCAAUAUGUCUAAACUUAACGAAAAAAGAACAAAGAAAUAAAAAACCAAUUGAGAAAGCCUACGCUCAAGAGAGAGCCCAUAGCCUAGAAUACAAUGGAGUGGCAAUGUGUUAACCAAUACACCAAAGUUUGAGAAGCAUGUGGCAGGUUAGUUUUGGGUAUAUUGUGUUAUAAGCACUACUAGGGCUGAAAUUAACAACAAUAUUUAUAAUCAAUUAAUCUGCCGAUUAUUUUUUGAUUAAUCGAUUAGUAGGUUUAUGGAAUGUUUACUUUUGUUUCUGGUUAUACAAAUGUAUGCUAUUAAGCAUCAGUGCAUACUAAUAAAGGUCUUUAUAAAGUGCAUAUAGCAGCAUGUCUUUAUAAUGUUCAAAGUCAAAAAAGUUAUUUUCAAGUCUACAGUUUAAAAGGAGCUUGACUGUUUAGAUGAAUAAUGAAGAUAAAAAAUAAAACAAAAUGUUAACAGGCAUUACUACAUUGAAUGGCUUCAACACAUCAAAUGGUUUCAGCAAUGCUGGACUAUGAACGUAGAGUGGUUACACAGCAUUGCAAUGCAGAAAUGUUAGUAUGUCCACAAGCUCUGAGCUAAGGCUGGCUAAAUUUUUUUCUUUAAACUUAUUAAUACAUUGGAGGUUUGGCUUGUCAUCAUUUGCUUUGUCUUUUUAAUUAUUCAUUAUGCACAAAUGGUUAGUUUUAGUGCUGAUGUGUCCAUGCUUUUACCAGUUAGGAGCCUUUUGAUUCAAACUCAGUCUUGAAUUUGAUCUGUUAAAAUAUUUCUCUUACGUAAAUUGUUUGUAGUAUACUACAUUGUGAAUAUCGGACUUUUAUUCUUUGUGGCAUGCAUAGCUAUUUCUGAUGUAAUGUGGCUUAAGAUGGCAAAUAAUACCUCUUAACAUGAAGAGCACCUAAGUAAGAAAAAUUAAGAACUUGUUAAAAUUCUGGUUGUAUUCUGUGGUUGUACCUGCUUAUACCAUGGUACCCAUUAAGGACCGAGCUUAAGAAACAUUGUAUUAGUUAACAGUUGCUGAUGUAAAGGCCAAAUACUGAUCACUAUCACUACAUCACUACUACAAUAAAUGGACAUUGGGGAUGCACUAAGAAGAAUAAAAGGGAAAUUUAACUGAUCGGAUAUAUACAUAUCUUGACAGUUUACCAUUAAUGGCAUGGUGCAUCAGUAGAGAGGGACAGAAACAUAGAUAAGACAGGGAAUACUUAGUGAGCUAUCGUAUGUUAGCUGUCACUGUAAUGUGCCAUUAAGACUAUAAACAAACUACAUGUGCAGAAGUACUGCCCACCAGUAAUUGUGGUGCCAUCAUGCAAUUAAACCACAAAAUUUUCUAAACAAAACUGAAGCAUUGAAGCUAAACUUGUUUAAUUUGUGAUAAAUGGAGCUUGUUGAAAAGCAGUCGAUAACUCGCUUGUUUCUUUUGAAAAGGAUUUUGUAUUAACUUCUUGUGCUUCGCCCACUUCAUCCUGUUAUAGUUUCAACAUGCUUUCUCUUCAGGUGCUCGUGCAUCACUGCUGUGCUCCUGUCCUGUGCCACACAAAUUCAACUUUUUGAAUUCUUCAAUGCAAAGUGCUCCCUUACUUUGGAAGAUUUAGGUCGCACACAAUUUCCACCAACUGCCGUCUCCGCCUCCGCCAUCUUUCAAAUGCGUUUCCAUUCUCUCAAGGAAGUAAUGUAGUGACUACGCGGUCAAUGUGCAAGACCAGUGUUCUAUCCAGACCGGUGCGAUUUGGACUGUUACGCUCUAAAUAGGACACAGCUAUAUAAUUUGGAACACAGCCCUCAUAAAAAUUGUAAAAACUUUCAUCCCACUAAUCGAUAAAGAGAUUUGUUGCCAAUGAAUUUUUAUUGUUGGUUUUGUCGUCAUCGAUUAGUUGUUGCAGCCCUACACUACAUACCUGAUUUUCUAUAUCUCUUCAAGCAAGGAUGUGCAUGCUUUAUAGUCUGCUGUGAUGAUCAGUCUAAAUAAAACAUUACUCAAGAGACAGUGUUCAAAGUUUGCCUAAUAAUAGAUGAGGCUUUGUUUUGCUCUAUUGGGGCAGUAUGUUGUGAAGCUGUGAAAGCAUUUAGCUAAAAAUUAAACAAUUUAGCUGUGUAGCGCACGUCUCUUGUUUUUAUCUAUUACUGUGGGAAAUGACUAAGUCUGCACAGCAUGCCAUGCCAGUCCCCAGCAAGGGCGUGUUCACUGCUUAACAGUCAGCUAUGGAGUUCUCAUAUUUGCUACCUAGUGGUGGUUUUGUAAAAAGUAGUAACUGUGGAGAAAAAAACAAAAGAAGACCAGGUUAAAACCUAGUAUAUAGCUGGACCUAACACACGUGAUCCGGCCGCCCAAUGGUGUAACUUCAUAACUUGGCCGACCAAUGGUGUAACUUCAUCACUCAGUCACAGACAUUCGCGUUUGUAGGGCUGGCCCCACUGUUGCGGUCCAGCCAAAAAUGCUAAACCACUCUAAACCACUCUACUGGGAAGACAGGUAUAUGGACUGCAUUUAUAUAGCGCUUUUAUCCAAAGCGCUUUACAGUUGAUGCCUCUCAUUCACCCAUUCACACACACACUCACACACCAACUGUGAAAGGCUGCCAUGCAAGGUACCAAUCAGCUCGUUAGGUGUCUUGCUCAGGGACACUUUGACACACCCAGGGCCAGACAACCACUCUUACCUCCUGAGCUAUGUCACCCCCAACAUCUGCCAAGUUAUGGCUUGGCGGGGCAUACCCAUGCUUAUACAGCACUGACAGUUUGGGAUUUUUUAGGGUUUCCUACAGACACGACACGCUAAAGGACAUUAACUUCUGUACCUUCUGACCUCAUGUAAAAUAUAUAAUUCAGAUACAACUUCACUUCCACACAAUAAAGCCCCAAAGUUAUAUGUGUUUAUCCUUCUAUUUCCUGCUGAUAGUAUCAUCACAAAUGACCCAGUCCCACAAUCAGGAAUUCUCCCCAUUGGACAUUUAGUUAUAUCUUCUGCCAAUAACAAAGUAAUCUGAUCAAAGUAGCUAAUUUCAGGAUAUUUGGAUACACAGACAAAAUGGACACGGUGCCUGCCCUGAAACGGUAGUCUAUGUGCUUUCAAUGAAUACAUAGGUACAGAUAAAAAAUUUGACAUAUUGAAGUCUGUUAAAUCAAUCUUGACUCUUACUGACCUAUCCACACAUAUGUUUGCCCCAUUAAUGUAUUGAAUACAUGUACAUACAGGGCCAAGUUACUUGAAACAAUGUAGGAAACAUUGGGUAGCACUGCUUUGGAAUACAGCUUGUUUACUUUGUGUGAGUUCAGACAGCCAAUAUUGUUUCUUGUAACUUGGGGUAAUUUUGAUAUUAAUAAUUUUAAUGGCUGGCCUAGAUUUUACUGGUUUUAAUGAAUGACUUAUGGACAGUGCUUUGUCUGUGUGAUUAAUUUGGCAUUUCUGUACGUUGAAAAUGUGUUUUUCAUCAGAUUUUAUUAACCCUGGCUGAGAGUAGUUCCAGAACUGGUAGACUAGUUCUUAUGAAAUCUUCAUUGAUUACAGCACUUACAACGUAAAUCUGUAACAAUCUAAAUCCUGUUGUAGUUGAGAAUUGUUUUGAAUAAUAGAUAAACUUGCACAUUCCCUCCAAAACCAUCAUGUCCAAUCCAUCUGAUAGGCUAUAUAAUGUAACCUUUAGUCUCAGCCAUCCCCUUUGUAUUUAUUUUUUAUUUACUAUUCCCGUAAUAUAUUGUUCUUGUACUAUUUAAAUAUGUUUAUUUUACAUGUUUCUCUGUUCCUGCAGUAAAAAUAAAAUUUAUUCCAUUA